CCCUCUCCUACUUCACAUCUCUGCCGAUUCAAAUGCUCGAGAGAGAGAGAGAGAGAGAGGGAGAGGCAAAGAUGAAAAGAUUCAUUUCAGUUUUCGCCCUUGGUUUUUAUUGUAUUUACGUUUUCUGCCAUUUUGAGAUGUCCCAAGCUCAAGCUCAAGCUCCAGCAAGAACAGACCCAUCUGAAGUGAGGGCGCUGAACUCCAUAUUUCAGAGAUUUGGUAUUUCUUCUGAUCCCGCUUGGAAUAUUACUGGUGAUCCAUGCACUGGAAGCGCCAUCGACGCUACAAAAGUAGACAGCACCAACAUCAAUCCGGCCAUUAAGUGCGACUGUACAUUCGAUAACGGGACCACAUGCCACUUGAGGGAAUUGAAAAUAUAUGAGUUGAACGUAAAUGGGCAGAUUCCUGAAGACUUAUUGAAUCUGACUUUCGUCUUUAAUCUGAAUAUGGCCCGGAAUUACUUAACAGGUCCAUUGCCUGCAUUCAUUGGCAACUUAACUACCUUGCGAUACUUGAGCUUUGGUCUUAAUAAAUUAUCUGGGACCAUCCCAAAAGAACUUGGAAACCUUCGAAGUCUGAUGUCACUGGGUUUGGAUAGUAAUGACUUCACUGGUUCUCUCCCCCCUGAGCUAGGGAAUUUGGUCAGACUUGAACAGCUUUACAUUGAUAGUUCUGGACUGACUGGUGAAAUUCCUUCAACGUUUGCCAACCUAAGAAACUUGCGGAUCUGGCGGGCAUCAGACAAUCAGUUCACGGGCAAGAUACCUGACUUCAUUGGGAAAUUGACAAAUCUUACCUCUUUGCGGCUUCAGGGGAACUCUUUUGAGGGUCCAAUACCUUCUAGUUUAUCUAAUUUGACCUCAUUGCAAGAUCUGCGAAUAAGUGAAGUAUCCAAUGGGGGCUCUUCAUUGGCUUUUAUUAAGGAUCUGAAGGAUUUAAGCAUCUUAAUCUUGAGAAAUAAUAAUAUUUCCAGUAUUAUUCCAUCCAACAUUGGAGAGUACCUAGCAUUGAGGCAGCUGGAUUUAAGCUUCAACAAUUUCAGUGGCCAAAUUCCAGCCUCUCUCUUCAAUUUGAGUUCUCUCACUUACUUAUUUCUUGGAAACAACAGGUUAUCUGGUACACUGCCUACUCAGAAAAGUUCAGGGCUCCUUAAUAUAGAUUUGUCAUACAAUGAAUUAUCAGGAAGCUUUCCCUCUUGGGCCAGGGAAGCAGGUUUACAACUGAACUUGGUGGCCAACAACUUUGUCCUUGAUAAUUCUAACAGCAGUAUUUUGCCUCGAGGGUUGAAUUGUCUUCAGCGAAGUUUCCCAUGUAAUCGGGGUUCCCCACGCUAUUCUUCCUUUGCAAUAAACUGCGGUGGUCCAGAAAUAACAACUUCCAGUGGCACCAAGUUCGAAAGAGACAACGAAACUCUCACCGCAGCAUCCUAUUAUGUGGUUGACACGAACAGAUGGGCUGUCAGCAAUGUCGGAAGGUUUAGUGAGGGCAGCAACAUAGAAUAUACUAGAAACACAUUAACCCCGUUCACAAAUACUUUAGACAUAGAGCUGUUCCAGUCAGCAAGACUGUCACCAGCAUCACUAAGAUACUAUGGUUUGGGGCUCGAGAACGGAAACUACACUGUACACUUGCAAUUUGCAGAGAGAGACUUCCCAGAUGCACGUAUUUGGCAUAGCAUUGGAAGGAGAUAUUUCGAUAUUUAUGUCCAGGGAAAUCUGGCACUCAAAGACUUCAAUAUAAAAAGGGACGCAGGUGGGGUUUCCUUUCGUGCUGUUCAGAAGGAUUUCAAGGUUCGUGUAUCUGAGAACUAUCUGGAAGUUCAUCUCUUUUGGGCUGGAAAGGGAACGUGCUGCAUUCCUCCUAAUGGUGGUUACUAUGGACCAUCCAUUUCGGGCGUCAGUGUCACUCCAGAUUUUAUACCGUCAGUUAGUAAUCUUCCUCCGACGGACACUUCAUCAAAGAACAGGACUGGAUUGGUUGUUGGAAUAUCUGUUUCUGUUGGAGUAGUGAUGAUUGUAACCAUUUUCGCUGCUUAUAUUUUAAUACGAAGAAGGAAAAGAUUGGUCAAUGAUGAAGAUGAAGAUUUUCAAGGAAUGGGGACAAAACCAAACACUUUCAGCUAUGCCCAGCUCAAGGCUGCUACAGAGGACUUCAAUCCUAUGAAUAAACUUGGAGAGGGAGGAUUUGGACCAGUUUACAAGGGUACACUUUCAGAUGGGAAGGUGGUCGCUGUCAAGCAACUCUCGGCGGCAUCUCGCCAGGGAAGGAGUCAGUUCAUGGCUGAGAUUGCUACAAUAUCUGCAGUUCAACAUAGAAACCUUGUAAAGUUGUACGGAUGCUGCAUUGAGGGAGAUCAGCGACUUCUGGUUUAUGAGUAUCUGGACAACAAGAGCCUUGAUCAAGCACUUUUCGGAGGGAGCAAUUUGCAUCUUAGUUGGCCAAUCCGCUAUAAUAUAUGCUUGGGGACAGCAAGAGGUCUUGCUUAUCUUCACGAGGAAUCGAGACCCCGUAUUAUACACAGGGAUGUCAAGGCCAGUAAUAUUCUGAUCGAUGCAGAUCUCAAUCCAAAAAUUUCAGAUUUUGGUCUGGCCAAACUGUAUGAUGACGAUGACACCCACAUCAGCACACGUGUUGCAGGAACAACGGGUUAUCUUGCACCAGAGUACGCCAUGCUUGGGCACUUGACGGAGAAGGCUGAUGUGUUUGGCUUCGGGGUAGUCGCUCUCGAGAUUCUCAGCGGAAAGCGAAAUUCAUACUCAAGCUUGGAUCAAGAGAAGAUAUACCUCCUUGAACGGGCUUGGUAUUUACAUGAAAACAACCGUUCAUUGGAAGUGAUCGAUCCUGCACUAUCCGAAUUCUCUGAAGAGGAAGCAUUUCGAGUGAUUGGAGUGGCUCUUCUGUGCACUCAGGCAUCGCCCACGCUACGCCCGCCCAUGUCACGAGUGGUGGCAAUGCUAUCAGGGGACGUCGAGGUGGGCAUUGCUACUUCGAGGCCUGGCUACUUGAGUGAUUGGCAAUUCAAUGAUGUGAGCGGCCUGACGAGCGGGGAUGAUUCAAGGAUGUCGAUGGAAAGAACUACCAACAGCCAGCGUGACACGUUAUCAUCUGCAAGCACAGUACUUCCUCCAGACCCCAUGCUGCCGUCCACUCAUCCAAAGAUGCACGAGAUCAUCAACAAAGGGCAGUGAUGAUUGUUAUCCGAGCUCUCCAUGCACGAUAUGUAAGAACAUGUGUAAGUGCUUUUGCUCAAAAGUACAUAAAUACAGGGCUGGAAACGGGUCAGGUCGGCCUACAGGGAUGAUCCGGACAGUUGGUAUGGUGGGUAUCACUGUGGAUGGCCCAUGUACCAAAGCAUUGCCCAGAUCGAAAUGUCCGAGCCAUGGAAUGCUUAGCCUUUUCUUGAUUGAAUGUAAACUGCCAUGGCCUUUUCUUUCUUAACUAUCUAUUGCUUGGCCAUCUAUUGAAGGGCAAGGACCUCUCCAAUUGGAAGGAGUUCAAAUGCAUGGGCAAACCAUGGUGGUCUUUAUCAUAUCAACGGUUCGAAUGACUGGACCGUGGGCCCACUUGUAUCAAUAAAAAGCCAGAAGUAUACUAUACAAACUUUCUACCUAUGUAGAUGGAUUAUAACACAGAAAAUAAUGAAGAUAAAAAUAGUGUUACAUGAGCAAAUGAUACUCUAUCCAAAUAAAAUGAUGAUUUUUGUUUGUCUC